UGUGACGGUGGGUUGUGAUUCGCUAGAGCUGUCCCGGUGCUUGUUCGCCAUGGUUGCUGCCAGAGACGAUGACUGGCAUUGGCGCUCACUCUAGUCCGGGUCCGGCCCCAUGGGUGGAGGGGUCCUAAAAACCUGUGCGUCACCAUCCCAGAUCAAAUUGGAUCGUCGACUUUUCUAGGCGACACCAAAGGCUCCGGCUUGUACGUUAGACGGUGGGCGAGCACCCACUUCAAUCUGCACCGCCGCUGGCGAACAAAAGACCCUGGACAGUCCGUCUUAAACCUGUGCUUCUGGCGGGGUUUUGUUUCUCUUUGCUUCUUGCUGGUAGACUGCUGCUCACUUGCUAUCCAAUCCAAUCCAAUCCAAUCCGCUUGCUUGCCCGUACUCUAGUUGUAGAUGGUCUUGUUACGGUGGAGAUAUCUGCCAACAGGAAUCAUGCCAACAGCGGCACUUUCAUAACAAGAGGGUCAAGGGAAAGGGGUAACGAGCUUCGUCAUAUCAUCUGUUCAUUUGCUGUCCUAACGUCAGACUCGACUUAUUAUUGUUACUCUUACAUUCAUCUCUGCAAGCAAACCAUCGUGGUGAUGCUACUCUGAUAGAGAGCCAAACCAGUCGCGUCAAUGAAGACAAGACAUUGUUGCCAAUCCAGUCUUACAACAUAAACCCUUACAACAUCUUAUUCAACACACCCCUCCCAGACACCACCUGCCGUUGUCAAUUCUGCGAUCCUUGUCGAAAGAAGCGCAGCUCGACACAUACAGUAAGUACCCUGCCUUUGCCUUACUACAUACCUACCUUACAUGACGUUGUCCCAGCUUCUAUCGCUGUGUAACCCGAGGCAUCAUAUCUCAUUUACAUCAACUGCACUAUCGCUUGUGGUCUCAUGCAUAUGUGCUGCACGUACACAAGGCGACAGAAACAACCGUGUUGCCUUGUUAGACUUUGACCGAGCGGGUUGAAGUAAAACCUAACUUGGUUUUAACGGUUAUAGCUCUCGGCGGUGGUUAUCCCAAAUUUGUUUGGUCACGAUCGACUCGACUUCCCAGCUGUCAUCCGUAUCUCAACGACCUUGAGCUUUUGUUCCUAUACCACUUACAAACUGGGAGAAGCAAGGCACCUAAACGAGCUUAGAAGAGCAAUCACUCAUAUAUACGACUCGAGGCAGAAACAUUGGUCCAGGCGCAGAUGCAGAUGCAUACACAUUUGUAGACCGUGACCAUCUGGAAGCAGAAAAGAAGGCAGAAGCCGACGAGUCAACGCCAGCGCAGCUGCAACUGCAAGCCCAAGCAAGUGGCUGUGACCCGGUCUCUUUCUAGGUUCCAUGUUAAGCCAUCACCGAUUCAAGGCUCCUUCUUGUACAUAUUCACACACCCCUCCUCAUCUCCUUCCCUCUCUCCUUAUUCACUAAAUCCAUCUUAUUCAUAUCUGCUCUGUUUUGCCCCAAUUCACCUCUUGUCGAGUUUGGCCUCGUCCUCUUGGCCUCCAUUUAAAGCCCAGCCCAACCCUCCUCGUUGAUAACGUUCCCCUCCCUUCCCCACCAGCAAACGCGCGACAUCGGUGGCUUGAAGGUACCUUGCAGACUACCUGCACAAUCCUGGUCAUCAAUCAACACCAUGUCGACUCCAUCUCUGUCCGAUGGACAGCUCACGCCGACUGAUACCGAUCCCGACCUUUGCUUCUCUUCAUCAGAAGAUGACCAUGUUUGGCCAACUCCUCAAGAUGUUGUCGAAAUGUCCAUUAUGCUUAAUGGCAGUGCGGUCCCCCUUUCCUGGACCCGGGAAAGUCUCAAAAGACUCCCAAUGGGAACUCGUCCAAUAAAGAUGGUUGGUGAGGGUGCUGCCAAUGUCGUGUUCGAAUUAGGCAUUCCAGAAGGGAAUAUGUGGGUAAAUGAUUUCAAAGGUUGGCUCCUUCGUGUUGCCAAAGCUCCUGCGAGUGGUCAGCCAGCCAGGUUCAACUACCUAAAACAGCAAGAAUUCUACGCAAAGCAAAUCAUUCCAUUUCUCAAGACACAUGCCAUCCAGCAACGGCUCGUGGUACUCCGUCAUACCAAUAUUAUUCCUCAGCUCAACGCCUUCCUUCGGUCAAUAGAUCAUCUGCGCAAAGAAAAGUUCAGAGGAUCAUUCAUCUCGGAGUCUAACUGGGGCCUUCUGGUGGAAGAUAUGCGAGUAUCUGAACCCAAAAACAGCAUCCUUAUUGAGUUCAAGCCAAAGUGGUUGAAUCAAUCUCCAAGUGCUCCCCAAGGAGCCAUACGAUGUCGGCAAUGCGCCAUGGAACUAUUCAAUUUCCUGCGGGAUCCGAGUCCUUCAAGACAUAUGCCAGAGCAAAAGCCAUGCCCCCUUACACUCGCAAACCCCGAUGCUCCCCCCGAAAUCAGUUCGCCAUUCCGUUUCGCCCCCAAACUUGCUGCACAGUCCAACAAUCCUAUGGUUCGAGAACUCCUUGCAAAGACUGCCGAUCAUCAAGUUAUUCGUGAUCUUCGGUGGCUUCAGAAUCUUUCUGACACCAGGGGGCCUCUGCGUGCUGAGAAGGGUGAUCCAAUGUUUAGCUUGGCUAUGACAGUUCGCGAUUGCACAUGUUUCGUCCAGAUGAAUUUGGGUCACGAUGUGCCUCCCGAACAACGGCUUCGCGUAAGACUCGGUGAUUUCGAUCUCAAGGAUACCGACAUAAAGUUCAAACGAUGGACGUCAGCCGAGAAAGAUCUUAUCGAUUCCGGGUGCUACACGGCUGACUGGAUCAUGUGUAACGGGCAGUACUACCACCCUCCUACCAAGUGCCUUCUCGAAUGGGCCCGCCGGCGGGAUCGGUUCGUAAAGAUUAUCGGUAUUAAGGACAAAGAUCCUUACCUUCACCCACCCCCCAAUAAAACAGCACAUUUCCCUACAGAGGCCAUGACCAAGCAAGCCGUGGUCUACUGGAUGACAACACAUUCUAGCAAGCUCACGGGGCUGCUGGAGCCAGGCAGGAAGGAUAAGCCAAAGACCGAGGUGUGCCCAUUUCGGAAUGAGCCUCCGUAAGUCUUACACGUCAUGUCUUCAGAUGCCAGCUGGUUCAUCCCUGCUAACACACUACAGCAAUCUGAGGAAAUGGUUGCCUGUUAGGCCAUAAGCAGACGUCCCUGAGAUCUCACUUGCAAAUCUGCGUACAGGAAUCGGAGUUCUCUUUCUAUUUUUGCAUUACAAGGUUGCAUCGGUGCAUCUCAACAAUGGCGGGCUCGCAUAGCAUAGCAUGGGUAUGGGCAUGGUUGGUUGCAUCAAUCAGGGGGCGCGGCGUUAGCUACAAGGUUGUUGUAAGGAAGGGUACGGUUUCCGGUUUGAUAUAUGGCGUAUAUUUAUGAUUGGCUGCAUCCGAUACCCAGAUAUAGGAAGAACAACAUUCGACAUCUAUCAUUUCUCAAUUACGGCUCAUAACUCGAACGCCAAACCCCAAUUCUAACGUAAUAUUGUGUAGCCCGUUUUAGACACCAGCUGCGCUGAAACUCAAAAGGCUGCCAAUGGACAAUCCAGCCACAAGACACAACCCCAUGAAGCCGCCAGCAGCUUCACGCUCACCUUCAUCUACCCACUCGCCCGAUGCCAUCAUGAAACUAGAACCAAGCCAGCCGUUGGUGAGACCAAAUAUCAACUGGACAAUGAAGAGAUAAAAGAAAUCGCUGGAAAUAAUGGCCCCCCGUCCGUCAAUAUUACAGAGUAAAUAUAGCGGGAGUAUACCAAAACGGACAAUAGAGAGAACAAAGAGAGCAAAGGGGCGGUGCCGUAGGGUGAAAGGUAAUAUCGUGGCCACCCGACCACUCAAGUCACCCAAAUUCCAAAAGAAGAACCCAAGAGGAAUAAAGGCGGAAGGCUGGUAGAGAGCACCGGAGUUUUCUUUCACGGAAUGGAUCUUGGCAGUGAAAACGGGCAUGAACAUUGUUGCAAUGAAAGUGAGGGCAACACCAAUAGCAAGCCAGUGAAGUUUAGUGAAGAGCCUCCAAAGCGAUGUGACCUUGCGAGCGGCACGUUCGGCCUCUUCAAUGCUGUGCAUGGACUCGUUCAUUUGCUCAACCAUGCGAUUCUCGAUGAUAUGGUUAUGGCGGCGAACCAGCGGGACGAAGGACAGCAGAGCAGCAACUGACACGACUACGGCGGUGAGGAAAUAGACGAAAGCUGAUGUCUGUCCAUCCUCAGGGGAUGGCUCUUUGAUAGAAGUGUUCUGGUCCUUCUCGGGGGGGAAGGCAAGCACAGUAAAAACUUGCGCGAUAGGGGGCAGGACGCCGGCAAUACCCUGUCCAGCCAUGAUGGCUUGCAUAUAUUCUGGGCGUCCGAAACUGGCUGCGAAAGCAAAUGCUCCAUUCUGAAUGAGACCAGCUGCCCAGGCAGCAGCCGCGACUGUAGCAAGCAGAAACACGAGAUAUAGAGUUGGGGAAGCGCUUAGUCCGAAGACGGUAGAUGCAGUCAAGAGACCGAAAGUGAAAACAUUGAUAACAAGUGCCAGGUUGAUUCGAAAAGGGUACGAUGCUGAGUACUGUAUACUAGUGAGAACAAGCAUUGCGCCGAGGUUGGUAACAGUAGAGACGGUCAAUAUCGCAGACUGAAAGUGAGACUGAAUCCAAGCAUCGCCGGCAAAGCGAGCUGUGAAGUAUGGAGCUGCAGCAAGGAACAUAUUCCUAUCUUACGUCAACUACAAUAUUUACCGGAUACGAGAGAGAGAGAAACCCACCAGGCCCAGAGCAUAGCGACACCCAGGAGGGCAAAGAUACCAUAUUCUAUCCACGAGAACGGCAACUCAUGUUGGCCCUCGAGUACUGUUGAGCCUUCUAGAGGAGUGGCUUCCUCAGUACCGGUCAGGGGCUCGUAUUCUGAUGUUGAUGUGGAUGAGUGUUGACGGCCUAAUGCUUUGCGAACGCGUUCCAUAAUGUCUGCGUAUCAACGUUGUUCGUUACAGGUCGUCGUGGGGGAGCCUUGAGCAGGUGGCGUACGUAAAACAAUAGACGUCGCUUUGGACAGUGGCAGGUCAUCAAAUAUAGCUGCAGCUCAGGACUGUUGAGCCGCUCAGGGAGCGUAUGCGUACGCGUUGGAUAGGUAGUUCCUGUAUAGCCCGAAUCAUCAAGCACUUGAGCUUGUGAAGUUCGAGUCGCGUGGUCACUUGCUCGCCUGACAACGUAGAGAGGAACGUCGCAGCGAGUCACAAUGAGUGGGAUGGAACUCGAGGUGGAUGGAGGGCUCCAGGUGGUGGGGGCAGCGAGAUGAUGACGUUGAAUUCCCUUACUUGUUGAAGGGAGAUAAGAUCCGAUCUUGAACGGGAACGGGACGGUUAGGGGUCUCAUGCCAGGGUCAGGCGGGAGACACUGGGCGGCUGAAUCACAGGGGGGAUGAGCCAAUCACAAUGAGCCGCCCAACAGUCAAUCCAGUACGGAGUAUAUCAGCCCUCAAGUAAACCCCAGUCGUUAUUUCUUGACACUCCUAAAGUUGCUGACAAUAGCCAGAGUUUCCUCAUUUUUCGAGACCCGGAACUGGAAGCACGUAAGUAAGUCCGUGGUUAACAUGGAUACUAUAGGAUUUCAGGUAUUUCCUUGAUGUCCUCGGAAAGUACGUGUUGCGCGAAAGACCUAGGAACCUGGGCUGUUUGUAUUUUAUAGAUCGUACAACUAAUACAUAAGUCGCACGGCAUCUCCCUUGCC